AUGCGCAGAAACCGGGUCCGCCCGCCCGCUGGGGGGCGCUGCGGCGGCGCUGAGGUCGGGAAGGGAAAGGGGCGUUGCUCGGGCUGUCAUGGCGGCGGCGGCGGAGGCGGGACGGAGGCUGAGGCCGGAGCUGAGAGGUCCGAGGCCGGCGCUGAGGAGGGGGACGGCGACGGCGACGGCGACGGCGACGGCGACGGCGACGAGGAGGCGCUGAAGAGGCUGGAGGUGAAGGGGGGGGUGCUGGGGCCCCCUUUUGGGGGGCCCCCGGGCCCUCCUGCCGGCCGCCCCGCCGGGGCUCGCCGCGCCGCUCGGCUCUCCCGGUACUGGCAGUGGCGGCGCUGGGCGAGCCUCCGCCGCUGGGUCUGCCGAGGCAGCUCCGCUCCCUGGCGCUCCCCGGCCCGCCCCCAGCCUCCGCUCCGCCCGGAGCUGGCCGGGGGCGGUCGCCACAGAGCGGGGCCCGUCGCUGCGCGGAGCAGGCGGUCCGCGGCCGCUCCGUCCCCGCCCCGCAGCCGCCCGCCCGGAGCUGCAACCCCGGAGCUCCCGGUGCGCGGUGCGGCUGCGGGGGUGCCGACCCCGGCACCGGGAAUGCGGUCGGGCAAGGUGCCCGUGGUGCUGCUCACGCGGAUUGACCCAUCGGCCUAUCUGCGCUCCGGGACCGGCGGGGAGCGGCACGCCGCGGAGCCGCAGCCGGGGAAGGCCGGUAACAACCCGGCUCCGCUCGGCCCGGAGCAGCCGGUGGGGGCCGGCGGAGGCCCCGCGCGCAGCAGCAGCGGCCGCGUCCGGCAGGCGGGGAAGGAGAAGCAGCCCCUGGAGCGGCUUUAUCGUGUGGGACCGUUGCUGGGGAGAGGUGGCUUCGGCUCCGUCUACUCGGGGGUCCGCCUGUCCGACGGCGCCCCGGUGGCGAUCAAACGGGUGGCUCGGGAGCGCAUCUCCUCAUGGGGCGAGCAGCCCAGUGGCACUCGCAUUCCAAUGGAGAUAGCAAUGAUGAGGAAGGUGCGCUCCGGCUGCAGUGCCAUCAUCCAGCUCCUCGAUUGGUUUGAGCUGCCCGACUGCUUCCUGUUGGUGCUGGAGCGUCCCGACCCAUCACAGGAUCUCUCUGGCUUCAUCAAAGAGUGGAAGGUCUUGCCCGAGGAUUUGGCGCGGGGCAUUUUCAUGCAGUUGCUGGUGGCUGUGCGGCACUGCCAUGGCUACGGUGUCCUGCACCGAGACAUCGAGCCCAAAAACAUCAUUCUCAACCUGGGCACGGGAGAAGUCAAGCUCAUUGACUUCGGCUGCAGCACUCUCCUCAGGGACACGGUGUACACCAAAUUUAGCGGUGAGCCCACAGCCGAGGGCGAUUCCAGUACCAGGCAGUUGGUGAACAAGAGUCACAUGCUGGGCUGGGGUGGUGGGUCACACUGAGUGUGUGUCUCUUGUCCUUGGGCCCACCGGUGCAUCCCCCACAUCCCCAGGGAUGCUCGGGCGAGGAUCCGGGAACAGGCAGCAUCCGCCUGAUGAGCUGCGCCUGUAUCCUCUUGUAGGAACACCUGUGUACUACCCACCGGUGUGGUUCCAUUACCACUGGUACCACAGCCGUCCGGCGGCGAUCUGGUCCCUGGGUGUGCUGCUAUAUGAGAUGGUCUGCGGGGUCGUCCCCUUCCGGCACUGCAAGGACAUCAUCCGCGGGCAGCUCUUCUUCCGGCGCCAGAUCUCUGCCGGAGGGUACCUGGCUUCGCGGCAGCAGGGGGAGAAUGGGAUUUGGGGGGUGGCAGCUGAUCUGCCUUGGUCAGCUGGAGGAGGUGGCACAUGUCCUGCCAUCCUGCUCUCCUCCAAAACGGAUCAUGGAGCGGGAGGUUCGGGUGCGGCUCUGAGCACACCCAGGCCUGGGCACUGCGGACAGUGGCACAAGGUGGGCAGGAGCCUCCUGCAACUGAGCAGCGGUUCCUGGGAUCUCCUCAGAAUGCCAGCACCUCAUCAGGUGGUGCUUGUCCAUGUGCGCUUGUGACAGACCAUCCCUGGAGGACAUCUUCAACCACCCUUGGCUGCAAAGAUCCUCCUGCCCCAGGAGACAGCCACUCUCCACCAGCACAACCUGAGCCAGCAGCCGGGCAAUGAGGAGCAGCACAGGAAGCCAGAGGAGCAGAGACAUGAUGUGAUGGCAGAACAAUAGACAAUGCAGCUAUUCCAACACCAGCCAC